AUGGCCCUCAACAUUGGCCGCCUGUCUUUUGAGCAUCACCGCUCCGCCCUCGGCAUAGCCGAGACCGAACCUAGAAUCUCAUGGCGAUUCAAUGGCACGGUUCAGGACUGGACCCAGAGCAGCUACGACCUCGAAAUCAUGCGCGGCAGCAGCGAGCCCAAGAGCUUCGCUGUAGACUCUUCAGACUCCGUCCCCAUCACAACGCUAUGCAAGCAGCCUACCGACGGACCGAAGCGGCCCAUGUACUUCCGGAAAGACUUUGACGUACCCUCAAACCUCAAGUCGGCUCGCCUCUACAUCACGGCCUUGGGGCUCUAUGAGGCCGAGAUCAACGGACGUCGAGUAGGAGACCAUGUGCUCGCGCCAGGGUGGCAAUCCUACAACCACCGACACGUCUAUGACACGUACGACGUCACUGAGAUGCUCGUCGCUGGUGAAAAAUCAGUCCUCGGCGCCGUUGUUGGUGAAGGCUGGUUCUCUGGGCGCCUCGGAUGGGGCGGCGGAAAUCGAAACAUCUAUGGCGAUACGCUCGGCCUCUUGGCAGUGUUGAUUUUAACAGCCGAAGACGGGACGGCCAUCGAGAUACCUACCGACGCGUCGUGGAAGUCCUUGACUGAGGGUCCCAUCGUCUCGGGCGAAAUCUACAAUGGGGAACACUUCGACGACCGCAUCGCUGUCGAGAUUGAAGGGUGGGCAACGCGCUCUUUCAACGCCUCCGGCUGGUCUGGCACUCGAUCGCUAGACAAGCUCAGAGGCCGCCUCGCCUCGCCCGACCAGCCGCCCAUCCGAGCCACCGAAGAGAUCAGACCACAGCGUAUAUUCAAAUCCCUAUCGGGCAAGACGCUGGUUGACUUUGGCCAGAACCUCGUCGGCUGGCUCCGAAUUCGGGCCACCGGUCCGUCCGGUCACCGGAUCCAGCUCAGACAUGCAGAAGUCCUCGAAGACGGCGAGCUUGCCCGGAGACCCCUGCGUCAAGCCUGGCAGGAGGAACAAGUCUGGCUGAGUGGUCGGGAGAUCACUUAUGAGCCAAAAUUCACCUAUCACGGCUUCCGCUUCGCCCAGGUUGAUGACUGGCCUGCCGAGACGCCGCUGGACGCCGACCACUUGAUAGCUGUCAUUGUGCACACGGACAUGGAGCAAACGGGUUGGUUUGAGUCGUCGAACGAGCUCAUCAACAAAUUUCAUUCCAAUGUGCGCUGGUCAAUGAAGGGCAACUUUAUGUCUAUCCCAACAGACUGUCCCCAGCGAGACGAACGCGCUGGGUGGACAGGUGAUGCUCACAUGUUUGGGCCAACGGCAAACUACCUGUACGACACGGCCGGUUUCUGGCGUGGCUGGCACCGAGACGUGUGGUCGGAAAUGUCUUCCAACGGGAAGAUGAUUCCGUACGCAUACACACCAACAAUCCCCUCAGGUUUCGGUGAUCAAAUACCGACCGCCAUCUGGGGAGACGUGGUCGUCGGUAGUCCUUGGAAUACAUGGCAAGCGUUUGGCGAUUCUGUAUUACUGAGGGAACACCUCCCACAGGCUCAAAAUUGGAUCGACAAGGGCGUUGCGAGGAACAGCGAUGGUCUUUGGGACCGCACAAAGUUUCAAUUCGGAGAUUGGCUCGAUCCCGAGUCGCCAUUCAAUGAUCCGGCCCAGUCCAUGACGAGCCCGUAUCUCGUCGCCGAUGCCUACCUAGUACAGAUGACGGGACUUCUCGCUGACAUCGUUGAGGCACUGGGCGAGGCUGGCGAUGUGGUAGACAAGUACCGCGCACAGCGCUCUGACUUGCAGCAGAUGUUCCAGCAAGACUGGAUGUCCGAUGGUCGGCUCGCCAACGCGACCCAGACUGCCUAUGCUCUGGCUCUCGAAUUUGAUCUCUUUUCCAACGUCAAAGACCUGACGAAUGGCACUGAUACUCUGCGGCAGCUGAUCGCCGAUAACGAUUAUCUCGUCGGCACCGGCUUCGCGGGAACCGCGCCUCUCGGUGGCGCCCUGACCAAGGUGAACGCAACAGAGGACUUCUACCGAAUGCUGCUCCAGGAGAAGAGUCCCUCAUGGCUCUACCAAGUUGUCAUGGGCGGAACGACCACCUGGGAACGAUGGGACAGCCUUCUUCCAGACGGCUCGCUAAACCCCGGCGAGAUGCUGAGCUUCAAUCACUAUGCAUUCGGCUCGGUCGCCGACUGGAUUCAUCGAAACACGGGGGGGAUCGCCCCUGCCGAACCGGGCUACAAGAGAAUAAGGGUCGCGCCCGUUCCAGGAGGCGGUAUCACCAAAGCGAAGGCCACUUUAGUCAGCCCCUUCGGAAGGAUUUCGACGGAAUGGAGUGUCGAUGAGCAUGGUUUCCAUCUCACAUUGGAAGUGCCACCAAACUCUCGUGCUAUUGUGGUCAUGCCUAGCACCGGCCGGUCUAUCGAGGUUGGUUCAGGCAGUCAUGAGUUUAGCGAUGCUGGGUUCCGCAUGCCUGGAAGCGGUUGA